AUGUGUGAAAAUCAACAUCGAAAAGGUUUUUAUAUAUUUCUCGUUUUUCUUUUGAUCUUUUUUCUUUUUACAACUAAAUUUCAUUUCCAAUCUUUUCUUCCAAAUCAAAUCUUUUCAUCAACUGAAAAUCAUUGUUCGAAUAUUGUCAAACCAUUUUAUGAUUUUCUCUGUGAAAAUCUUUCAUCAAAUUCUAUUGAAUUCCCCUUAAACAAGAAAAAUCACAUUUGUGAUGAACUCUAUUCAACAGAUGAACAACCGAAUUUCUUCUCUCGUUUACAUUGGGAUUUUAAAGCAUUUGAAAAGACGAAAAUCUUUUUCGAAGAUAUUGAAAACAUGUCGAAUAUAUGUGUAAAAUGUCAUCAUAUUCAAAUUAUUGAAAACAAACUUUAUUAUGUUCGAAGAGAAAAUUCGUUUAACUAUGAAACACGUACUGAAAGUGUUUUAUUUUUAAUACAAAAUAUGAUCGAAACAUUUUCUCAUCUUCCUGAUCUCGAUCUUUUCUUCAAUGUUCAAGAUGUUGUCGAUUCGAAAAAUGAAAUGGAAAAUGUCACUUUCAAACUUCCCAUAUUCGCUUUUACAAAAACAAAUUCAACAAAAAUUGGUUUAAGAUCACAAUCGAUUAUUUUAAUGCCUUGUUUUACUUUUUGGAGUUGGCCAGAAGUUCAUGUUGGACGAUGGAAAAAUAAAUUUCACUCAAUUUUACAUUCAGCACAACAAAUGAAAUAUGAAAAUCGUUUAGAAAAAGUGUUUUGGCGAGGAGUUGGAGGAUGGAAAAGAGAUUGGCUCAUUAAUAUCACUUUCAAAUAUCCUCAAAUUAUCGAUAUUAAAGAAAUUCAUUGGAAGAAAAAUAUCAAAGGAUUUCCUUUUGAUUUAUCAAAUUCUUUUACAAAAUUAGAAAAUCAUUGUCAUUAUAAAUAUUUAGCUCAUUUAGAAGGAAAUUCUUAUUCAGCGAGAUUAAAAUAUCUUUUACUUUGUGCUUCACCAGUUAUUCAUAGUCCAAUACAAAAUUGGCAAGAAUUUUGGUAUCAUCUUUUAAUCAAUCAAACUAAUAUUCUCUUUUAUCAAACAAAUUCAUUGGCAUUAAAUCAAACAAUUUAUCUUUUAACAUCAAAUCAAACUUUAUCUCAACAAAUUGGACAAAAUGGACAAAAUCUUGUAAAAAAAUAUUUAAAUGAACAUGCAAUUAAUUGUUAUUGGUGGAAAUUAAUUCAACAAUAUUCGAAAUUAAUCUCAUAUAAACCUAUUUUACAUAAAAAUGCUGUUCAUUUUGAUGAUUUUAUUCUUUUAAAAUCGACAUCAUCUUGA